GCAAUGGCGGCCAAUCCAAAGAUACAAUUUGUAAAUAAAAACUUUGAUAUUGUAAAAUGAAACCAAAUACAGCACAAGGAAUUAUAUUAAACAUUUUGUAGAAGACAUUUUGCAAGUGAGAGCAAAUUUUGAGCAAUUAAUAUAAAUACAGACGUGAAAUAAAGACAAUAGUUGACAUUUCAAGACACAUGUAGAAUUCAAUCAAUCCAUCUUAAAAGUCAUUUGAUAUAUGUUGAAUCCAGUGAAGGUGUUAGAAAUUGUGGUAAGAAUUGAUCCUGAAGAUUCUAGGAAUGGCUGUAUGAGAAACAUUCUGGUUUUAUGUGAGUAUAUAUGCUUAUCAUGUCAUCAUAAAUUUACAACCAUCACAUGCUAUUAUAGGUAGCUACAUAUUUUUCGCACAUUGUGGGAUUGAUAGUUACGCAAUCACUAAUAUUUUGAAAUUUUGUCUAUUCCUGCUGAGAAGCCAUUCAUCUUUUCUGUCGUUUUCCGAAAAAAAAGGAAGGAGACGUGUGAUUUUUGUUUUAAACAUGCAGGCACGCUCCUGCCGGGAGUGGGAACGGGGCACAGAUCAUGACACUUCCCAGGGAAAUGUAGAAAACAUGAAACUUUCCUUGUCGGCUUCGCGUUGCUAGUGACAAAUGAAUGAACCAGUCACAGCAAGUUGCCGUUACAGAAGGCUGUUUUGCGAGCAUUCCAUGACUAACGACUUAAUUGCGCGCCAAUGAACAAAGCGCAGACGCCGUGGCUGUAUACGCGUGGGUACUUCGCAUAUAUUGCGCGUCGUAUAAAUUGCGUCGUCAGUCAGUCAGAGAGUACAUUUGUUGCAUAAGAACCGCAUUGACCACGCAAGAGUUUGCGCUCAUCGUUGAUUUUUAUUUUGCGCAAAGAUGUUUCCUUUUGUAUUGCUUGUCAUGCUCUUCGUACAAGAUACCUGUGCUGUCCCAAUGUACCGUCGAAUGCCGAACGCGCAGUUCACAAACAUCUCUAGAGCGGCUUUUAAGAAGCUCAACUCAGAGAUCUGGCAGGGAAGCAAGCUCACGGGGAACGAAGAAAAAUGGUUUAAAACGCUUACAAAUCCAGGCGAUGAUCGUCGUUUAAACUCGACAAAAUUGAAAGAACUUUUGGGCGAGUACGAUUCAAGAUACAUGUCGGAGACAAAACCCAGUCGGGCGUGGUUGAAUACGAAGAACCAGGUGGACCGUCGUAAUGAAUUCGAGGCAUUCAAACACGGUCAAGGGAUCAAGAAUUCUGUCGCAAAGCUUCUGAAUAAAAAGCGAAUUCGUUUAAACGAAGUAGAAUUUGAGGAUAUUCGUUUUUGGCUUUGGAACUUGACGCGUUGCACGGCUGAGCCCUUGUGGAAAGAUUUCGGGACACGCGUUUGGCCUCGGUACGUGAAUAUUGGCAAGUGUUCAAAUAAAGUAACCUGCUCGAUACCAACCGGAAUGCGAUGUCAGCCCAGCGAGAAGAAGAGUGUACGUCUGUUGUACUGGAUCUGUCCAAGAGAUGCAAGGAGAUGCUUUUGGUCUUUCUUUGACAUAAACAUUAUUCGCGCGUGUCGUUGCUCAUGUUGAAUUCGCAGGAAUAUACAGUUACGCCCUGCUUACAAAAACCUAGACUUUAGAACCUGUUGGGCUAAAAUUAACCUUAAACCCUAACCCUUCACCCUCUUUAUAUUUGGACUUUUGUAAGGGUGAUAUUUCAAUUAGAUUCUGCAAAGAAAAUAACCUCUUUACAGGGUAAUGAAAGUGAUCCAAAAGCCAUGUACAAUCCCUAAUAUGUCAUACCAUGAUAAAUUGUUUCUUCGGAGAUGACAAAUGCGAAACUCAUUUCACAUCUAUUCCUGAGUACUUUGGGACUAAUGAACCCCAGCUAAUUUCUAAACACUACAAUGAAUACCAUAAUGCAGACGGAAAACCGAUUGUAAAUAUAUAUAGAUAUAUUAUUAUACCACUAAUUGAUACAUGUCCAUGUGUGUGUAAUAUACGGUAACAUUGAUCGUGCGUAAUUUUUAAUAUUGAAUAUUUAUAUCAAUUAUCCAUGUUUGUCAGCAAAUUAGCACUUUUGAGCACUGUACUAUAACCACUGUAUCUAAAUUUUGUAUUAAAUUACAUCAACCUUACUUUUGAAGUAACAAUUUGUGAUGUAGUUAUAGUUUAAGGCUUAUAGG